CGUUACCAAUAAAAAUCCAUUCAGUCGUCGAGAAAACGUUAUCGUGAGUGGUUGUUCCUUAAUCAUCGGUAACAACGCGCUCAAUAAUAAUGUCGCGCGUGUACAAUCCUACCGACUAUGUGGUCGAAAAAUCUCGCGUUAGAUCAUUCGAUAAAUACAAAGAGAUGCAUAGAGUAUCUCUUGAGCAACCAGAGGCAUUUUGGUCUGAAAUGGCGAAAGAAUUCUAUUGGCAAACCCCACCUCAGCCGGGAAAAUUCGUAUCGUACAAUUUCGAUAUAACCAAAGGCGAUAUUUUCGUGAAAUGGAUGGACGGAGCAGUCACCAACGUUUGCUUCAAUCUUCUCGAUAGGAACGUGAGGAAAGGCUAUGGAGAUAAAAUCGCAUAUUACUGGGAGGGUAACUGUCCUGAGGAUUACAGCCGUGUGACGUACAAGAAGUUGACGGAUCUUGUCUGUCAGUUUGCGAACGCUCUUCGGGACAUCGGAGUAUCCAAGGGCGAUCGAGUCUCCAUCUACAUGCCGAUGAUCUUAGAGACGGUGGUCUGCAUGCUCGCCUGUGCCAGGAUCGGUGCCAUACACUCUGUCGUGUUCGCCGGUUUUUCGUCGGAUUCAUUGGCGGAGCGUAUGUCCGACUGCAAGGCCAAGGUGCUGGUGACAGCUGACGGUGCUUGGCGCGGCGAGAAAUUGCUUGAAUUGAAAAAGAUUUGCGACGACGCUCUGGAAAAAGCCAAGAAGAUACAUAAGCAUAAUGUUGCGAAGUGCGUCGUCGUGUCUCACCUCGCUCGGGUGACGCCUUGCGGAACACUGCCCCAUGAUCUCCGCACUUUGUACAACUGGAACGAAGAUAAAGAUUUGUGGUGGCAUGAGAUUAUCGAGUCGCAGUCGACUAUCUGCCCGCCGGAGUGGAUGGACGCUGAAGAUCCACUCUUCAUGCUGUACACCAGCGGUUCUACUGGCAAGCCUAAGGGGGUUCUGCACUCCACUGCCGGUUUUAUGCUGUACGCAGCGACUACUUUCCGCUAUGUGUUCGAUUAUCGCGAGAAAGAUAUCUACUGGUGCACUGCCGACGUGGGCUGGAUCACUGGACAUACUUACGUGGUCUACGCACCUCUGGCAAAUGCUGCCACCUCCGUUAUGUUCGAAGGUACACCCUUCUACCCCGAUAACGACCGAUACUGGUCUCUUGUGGAGAAGUAUCGCGUCACCCAGUUCUACACCGCGCCCACCGCCAUCCGGGCCCUUACCAAGUUUGGCGACGAAUACGUCAAGAAGCAUAACAUGAAGUCACUCCGAGUGUUGGGCAGCGUUGGCGAGCCCAUCAAUCCUGAAGCAUGGCUGUGGUACCACACUAUGAUAGGCAGUAGCCGUUGCUCGAUUGUCGAUACUUUCUGGCAGACGGAGACUGGAGGACAUAUCCUCACUAGCCUGCCAGGCGCAACACCCAUGAAACCCGGCGCUGCGGGCUUCCCAUUCUUUGGUGUCCAGCCGACUUUGCUGGAUGAGAACGGCAAAGAGAUCGAGGGUCCCGGCGAGGGUUACCUGGUGUUCUCCCGGCCCUGGCCCGGCAUCAUGAGGACCCUGUUCGCUGACCAUGACCGCUACGAGAAGGUCUACUUCUCUAAGUUCCCUGGAUACUAUUGCACUGGGGAUGGUGCCAAACGUGAUGAAGAUGGAUUCCUUUGGGUGACUGGUCGUAUAGACGACAUGCUGAACGUCUCCGGCCAUCUGAUGUCGACUGCUGAAGUGGAAAGUGUGCUUACUGAAGAGCCGCGUGUCUCUGAAGCGGCUGUCGUAUCCAAACCUCAUCCGAUCAAAGGAGAAUCUCUUUACUGCUUCGUUAUUCUCAACGAGGGAGCGGAAUUCGACGCUGAAUUAGUAAACUCCCUGAAGAAACGUGUCAGGAACCGUAUUGGGGCAUUCGCCGCGCCUGAUGUUAUCCAAUAUGCUCCAGGAUUGCCCAAAACUAGGUCUGGGAAGAUUAUGCGCAGGAUUCUGAGGAAAAUAGCCCUCGGGGAAAGCGACAUUGGCGAUACUUCCACUCUCGCUGAUCCAUCGGUUGUUGAGGAACUCUUCAAGAACCGACCUUAAAUUAUCAAAAAUUUUAAACCGUUCGUUAGAAAUGUUCCUAUUUUGUUAUUUUAGGUUAGCUGAACGCACUCGGUUUUUUAGGUUUAAUUUUUAGGUUAUCCUCAGUGAUUAAAUUGAGCCUAAUUGUUUGCAAUUUCAUUUGUAUUAUUGGUUUAAUAGUUUUAGAUAUGACUUCAAAGAUAUUUGAACAGCUUCCUAGUGAUGUUUGAUAGAUAUGAUUUAGGUUUUUUUAGCUUGUAUAUCUUGGAUAUCGCACAGAAUAAAUAGAAUUAAUUUCCUAAAUAUAGUUUCACGACCGCGCAACAAGCCGUCCUAAUAUAUCUUGCAUCUUUGAAACGCUAGAAGUAAACUUGCUAAAUCAAAGGCGAACGCCUCAUUUAUUUUUUAUUGAUUUUUUAAAUAUGCCUCUCCGUAGGAGUUCAGUGCACCUCAUAAUCAAAAUUAUCACAAAAUGUUAUAUAAACUCGAAAACAAACGCGAUUCUGAUUAUUUCAUUCAUAUUUUGAUUUUUUUAUAUGUUAAUUUUGUAUGGUGCUUGUAUUAUUUAUUGUGUUACCGUGGGUUUACACAGCUAUAUGUUACGGCAGUAGGAACUCAUGUUGUUUUUUUUUAAUUUCGGAGCAUUUCGAUCUUGAUGUAUAACCAUUCCAUUAUUGUAAGUGUUAGAAGUAAGACAUAAACGUACGAGUAGUCGCAGUUGCAAGUAGAAUUACUAUUAAAAAUAUGCUUUAUCAAUGUAUCGCAGAUUAUUUUUUAAUUUGAAUUUUCGAAUUUAUUUGUUA